AUGAUAAAGUACCUUACCGUCGUUGCUACUGCCGGUGAAAGAAUGACGAUAUCGCCGCCAUUGCCGGUGAAAGCGAUUGUACCGCCUCUGUCGGGAGAAAGGGGAAUAAGACAAGGUGAUCCUUUAUCACCCAUUUUAUUUGUUCUUGCUAUGAACAUCCUUUCAAGAUUACUUAACACUGCUGCUGCCAAAGGAAAUCUUGAAUCUGUUACUGGGGUCAUAAUUGUCCUGAACCAUUUCUAUGACAUGUCUGGGCUUAAGUUAAAUGUUGCCAAAAAUGAACUGUUUGCUGUUGGAAUUUCUCUAAGGAACCUUGAGAAUAUUAAAAAUUCUACUGGGUUCAAUUAUGGUUACUUACCAGUGAGGUACCUUGGGGUUCCCUUAGUCACCCGAAAACUCACUGAAAAUGAUUGCUCAACCCUUAUUGACAAGAUCAAAUCAAGACUUCAUCAAUGGUCUGGGAAACACUUAGGCUAUGCUGGAAGGCUGGAACUAAUCAAAACUGUCCUGCUCAGUAUAGCCAACUUUUGGUGCAGGCAGUUUCUUCUGCCUCAGACUGUUAUAAACAGGAUAAACCAGUUGUGCUCUCGUUUCUUAUGGAAAGGUUUCGAUACAUCUACUACUUGUGCUAGAGUCAGCUGGGAUAAAAUAUGUUGUCCUAAAAUUGAAGGAGGGCUCGGACUAAAGGAUUUAAAAUCCUGGAACAAAGCUUACAUGAUGAAGCUCAUUAAAAAUCUUCUUGCUGGUGAAGGCUCCUUAUGGAUUGCUUGGAUUUAUAGCUAUGUGAUAAAGACUAAAGACUUUAGAGUCAUGACUGGAGGUGCUUCUUUUAGUUGGUGCUUCAACAGACUUUUGAAACUAAAAACAGAGGCUCUUCCUAUUUUAAAUGCAGGAGCAACGAAUACUAAAGAUAUCUGGGAAAAGAUUGGGGUCAAACGAGACAAAGUUUCAUUGCAUAAAUUGAUUUGGUUUCCCCUCCACAUUCCUAAAUUCAUCAUUAUUUCUUGGAUGACAAUCUUGGAUAGACUCCCAUCUAGAGAGAGGCUUACUCGAAUAGGAAUUGCUUAUGAUGGUUCAUGUAUUUUAUGCAAUGAGGCCCUCUAA